CGCUCCUUCCGGUGCGGCGGGUCGGGGGCGCUGCUCGAGCCGGGAUGGGGGCCGCCCGGGAUCCCGAGCAGCAGCCGGGGCCGCCGGGGGAAGGGGGCCCGGAGGAGGGGGACGGGCAGCUGGUGAGCACGAGCCCCUGGAACAUCAUGAUCAAGCACCGGCAGGUGCAGCGGCGGGGUCGGCGCUCGCAGAUGACAACAAGUUUUACAGAUCCUGCCGUCUCCAUGGAUUUGCUGCGAGCUGUUCUGCAGCCUAGUAUCAACGAGGAGAUCCAGAUUGUCUUCAAUAAAUACAUGAAGUUUUUCCAGAAGGCAGCAGUUAACGUGAGAGAGAACGUCGGGGAGGAGGUGGACCCAGAGCAGCUCAUCCAGGAAACAUGUCGGAGCUGCCUAGAACAGGCUAAGCUGCUGUUCUCUGAUGGCAAGAAGGUGAUACCCAGACUGAUCCACGAACAGUCAGUGCCAAAGCGUGCCCGGCAGAUGGAAGAGGAAUCGAGUCGGCGAGGAAGCCCUGUUCCCAAAAAGAGGAAGGGGCGACCUCCAGGGCAGAGCCUGCUGAAUGAUCGUGGAGCCCCAGGUGUGGCCACGUGGAAGCUCAAAUCCUGUGAGCCAGUGCGCCGGGAGGGACCGAAGUGGGAUCCAGCCCGGCUGACUGAGUCCACAACCUUUGUGCUGGGAUCUCGAGCAAACAAGGCUCUUGGAAUGGGAGGAACCAGAGGGCGACUCUACAUCAAACACCCCCAUCUCUUUAAGUAUGCGGCUGAUCCUCAAGACAAGCACUGGCUGGCAGAACAGCAGCACAUGAGGGCCACAGGGGGCAAGAUGGCGUACCUCCUCAUAGAGGAGGAUAUUCAGGAUCUGGCAGCCAGUGAUGAUUACAGGGGCUCUCCUGAUUUGAAGCUGGAGGAACUAAAACCUUUUAUCCCACCUGCAUGGAUGACUGAAAAGAUGCAGAAAUAUAUGGAGACACUUCGCCAUGAAGGGGACCCACAGCCUCCAGAGGGAACCCAUGAAACAUAAGAAACCUCACCCUCCCUGCCAAGUGGCGCCCAGUCACAGCCUGUCACAACAUGGACUCUCACGGGAGUUUCCCUAUCUUUCCUUCCUUUGUGUUUCACUGGACAUGUUGGGGCUUGUGCUUUUGUUGGCCCAGGUACCAGAAUGCUGCCCACAGGGAACAGCAGUGCAGAGCUGUGAUUAAACCUCCUGAGAGUUGUUUGGGCCAUUCCCCUUAGUCAGUGGUGGCUGGCAGUAAACAAAGUCACUGGCUGCUUCCUGCUUCUCUUCAGAGCUGCACUUUUCUAUUUGUGUGAACUUCCUGUUUCAGAUCCUCUGUGUACAAACAGAUUUGUAAUAAAUGCUGCUGCCAG